AUGUUGAACCUUCCUGACCGUACCAAACAGUGGGAUGACUGGGUUCCUGGAGACCGAGUCAGAAAGUUCACCGAUGAGAACAAAGAGCUUGCAGCACAGCUGCAUAACCAGAUGAAGGCCCUGCAACGAGCGCCAAAAUCGGUGUCGAAGAAACGAGCAAAUGGCUCGGACUUCAGUUCUGCUCGAGGCAGCGAGGAGCGUCAUACCUCUGUCGCCGCGCAAGGCGGACGUGGUGGAGCUAGGAGAAAUAGGGACUAUGAUUUAGAGCAUGUUUUCGGGCGUGGUCCAUCAAUGGCUCUUGCUAUUGUCAUUCAGUUGGUCAUUGUCCCAAAGUUGGGAUGCGCUUUUCGUGGCACGACGUUUGACCAAUAUCCCGAAAUGCCACGAUCAGCCAGAAGAACCAGCGCCCCCAAGGUCAAGAGAGCAGGCUCUCCCAACGGCUGCGUCCGAGCCACUAAUGGCAAAGGACGGUAUGCCUGGGAGGACUGUCUCGCGCCUGACGAGAUGCUUUUGUUACCACCUCCCGGCCACCAUUACCUUGCCCGGGAGAGUCGGUACAAGCGCCGGAUGCUCCUGGACGCCCCCUCCGCCCCACGCUGGGAUAAACCUUCUUUGGUUCACCCAAAACUCGCCGAACUUAGGCGGAGGGGGAAGGUAAACAGGUACAAUCGAUUGUACUAUACGGGCAUCCCAGCCAAUGUGUCUCUGCCACUUGCUGGCAUCAUUACCACCAGCAAUCUGACGGAGCAACAGGAGGAGAACUUCCACGCAAGACCGUCGAUUAAGCUCGUCAUCCCGGACCAUAUCAAAGCGAUCCUAGUUGACGAUUGGGAGAACGUCACAAAAAACCAGCAGGUUGUGCCUCUUCCAAGUGCUCACCCGGUCAACUCAAUCCUGGACGACUAUCUGGAGUACGAGAUGCCUAAGAGGCAGGCAGGCAGUGCCCAAGCAGACAUCUUGGAGGAAGUCAUUGCCGGUUUGAAGGACUAUUUUGACAAGUGCCUUGGACGUAUUCUUCUUUACAGAUUUGAGCGUCAGCAAUAUAGCGAGAUCCGCGAAUCUUGGAUGUCCAACAAAGGUGACCUAGCAGGGAAGGGUGCCGGAGAUACAUAUGGGGCUGAACACUUGUGCCGCCUCCUUGUCUCCCUCCCAGAGUUGAUCGCCCAGACAAACAUGGAUAUGCAAUCUGUCAACCGACUUCGUGAAGAGCUCACCAAGAUGACCAACUGGCUUGGCAAGCAUGCGGAGACAUACUUCGCCAAAGAAUACGAAAUUCCAAGUCAGGACUACGUCGAGAAAGCACGUGGUGCUUAG